ACAAGGUGAAAUUGGGUUCAAUUUCUAUAGUUCUAUUGGACAACCAAAGACUUGAAAAAAACCCCAAAUUUAUUUGACCUCUCAUUUCGAUCUUCCAACAUCUCCAGAAUCACUCUUAUCAGUCUCUGCCUCACUCAGGUUGGCAAUGGAGACGGCAUUCCGAGCAGCUGCCACGGCAAGGCCACCACUCCCUCCUUCCACUUUCCCUUCCGCACACAGAGCUUCUUCUUCUUCUACUUCUUCUUUCUCUAAACAUGCUUCCCGAGCUCAAUUUAGACCCACUUCCUUAUCACUACCAACCUCAACAACACUCUCUUUGUUUGCUUUCUUUACAGCCCCCAAUGAAGCCAUGGCUUUCAGCUUCUCCAAAGAACAGAUAAUGUCUUCUCUAACCCAAGUGGAGAAUACAGUUGACCAGGUACAAGUCCUGGGUUCGGAAGUUUUGGACUUCUCUCAACGUGUUCUUCAGGUGGUGAUCGAAACUGUCAAACCCAGUGUUGAUUUGGCAUUGCCGAUUCUGCAGAAGGCAGGGGAUCAGGCAUUAAAGGUUGCUUCACCUGCAAUUUCUGAGGCUUCCAAGAAAUCCCAAGAAGCCAUUCAAAGCUCAGGAUUUGAUACUGAACCAGUUGUUGGUGCUGCUAAGACUGUGGCUGGUGUAGCUCAGCAGACUACAAAAGUGAUCGAAGGUGCCAAACCCAUUGCUUCCUCAACUGUGGAUACAAUAUUAUCAACGGACCCUGUGACAUUGGCUACUACUGCUGGAGCAUUGUUCCUUGUAUACCUUCUUCUUCCACCUGUCUGGUCUGUAAUCUCUUUUGGACUUCGUGGUUACAAAGGUGAGCUCACUCCUGCGCAGACCCUUGAUCUGCUGUCUACACGGAAUCAUCUUUUGAUAGAUAUUCGAUCAGAGAAGGACAAGAACAAAGCUGGAGUUCCUCGCCUUCCAUCUAGUGUUAAAAACAAGAUGAUCUCAGUUCCUUUGGAGGAACUCCCGACCAAGUUAAAAGGCCUGGUUAGAAGUGUUAAGAAGUUGGAAGCUGAAAUUGUUGCUCUCAAGAUUUCAUUUCUCAAGAGGAUUAACAAAGGUUCCAACAUUGUAAUCAUGGGCUCGUACUCUGACACAGAGAAAACAGUGGCAAAGGCACUAACAAGCUUUGGAUUUAAGAACUGCUGGAUCAUGGCUGAUGGGUUCUCUGGGAACAAAGGCUGGUUAUCUAGUCAAUUAGGGGCAGACUCUUACAAUCUCUCUCUUCCAGAGGUUGUGUCACCAUCUCGCGUUAUCCCUGCAGCAGUGAGGCGUUUUGGUACAACCAGCUCAACAGCACUUCAAUCGAGUCCAAAGUUUCUUCCUGGAAGCAAGCAAUAAUUCGAUUUUUUUUUUAAGAAUUUGUUUAGGAGUCAAAAUAAUGUGAAAUCUGUAUAUUUGAAACUAGAUCAGUGAUUUUUGGAAUCAGCUUGUAAUUCCUAUUAGGAAUGGAAUCAAUCAAUCUUUUUGUUGUGCUA